GAAAAGAGCAUCAGGAGAGGGUGAGUGAAGGCCAUGGGAGUCUCAGAUGCUCCCCUCGUCUUAUCUCCAUCCAUCCACAUGUUGUUUUUCAGUUUAUAUAAAGAGAGAGAGAACGCUCAAGGGCUCAUCGUCUCCACCCAUCCACCUCCACUAUCUCCACUCAUUUUUGGUAGAGCAGAGGUCGUCGGCGAUGGCGCUCAAGGUGGCCUCCUUCCCCGGCGAGCUCUCCUCCGGCACCACCAGCAGCAGCAGGAGGGGAGCCGCCUUCCGCCCCCGCCAGCACCAGCGCAAAGUGGACUUCACGUUUCAAAGGAGGGACAAAAGAGCAGCCUACCUGAGGACAUGCUGCUCGAUGCAGCAGGGCCCACCGCCCGCCUGGCCUGGCCGAGCCGUCGCGGAACCCGAGAGGAGGUCGUGGGAGGGCCCCAAGCCCAUCUCGAUCGUCGGCUCAACCGGUUCCAUAGGAACACAGACAUUGGACAUCGUUGCGGAGAAUCCUGACAAGUUCCGGGUUGUCGCUCUUGCUGCUGGCUCCAAUGUCACUCUUCUAGCUGAUCAGGUGAAAACGUUCAAGCCAAAGCUGGUGGCUGUAAGAAACGAGUCAUUACUUAACGAGCUAAAGGAAGCGUUAGCUGGUUGUGAAGAAAUGCCGGAAAUUAUUCCUGGGGAGCAAGGUGUCAUAGAGGUCGCUCGCCACCCGGAUGCAGUUACAGUCGUUACGGGCAUAGUAGGGUGUGCAGGACUCAAGCCUACAGUUGCAGCAAUUGAAGCUGGGAAAGAUAUUGCGUUGGCGAACAAAGAGACACUUAUCGCAGGCGGUCCGUUCGUGCUUCCCCUUGCGCACAAGCACAAUGUGAAAAUACUUCCUGCUGAUUCAGAGCACUCUGCAAUAUUUCAGUGUAUACAAGGCUUGUCUGAAGGAUCACUUCGUCGCGUUAUUCUGACUGCGUCUGGCGGUGCUUUCAGGGACUGGCCAGUUGAGAAGCUGAAAGAUGUAAAGGUUGCCGAUGCUUUGAAGCACCCAAACUGGAGCAUGGGGAAGAAAAUCACAGUAGAUUCUGCUACUUUGUUCAACAAGGGGUUAGAAGUUAUCGAGGCGCAUUAUUUGUUUGGUGCUGAAUAUGAUGACAUUGAGAUUGUGAUUCACCCACAGUCCAUCAUACACUCUAUGAUUGAAACCCAGGAUUCAUCUGUCCUGGCUCAGCUGGGAUGGCCAGACAUGCGGCUACCGAUCCUAUACACCUUGUCUUGGCCAGACCGAGUCUACUGCUCCGAGGUCACCUGGCCCCGGCUAGACCUUUGCAAGCUGGGUUCGCUGACAUUUAAAGCUCCCGACAACGUGAAAUACCCAUCGGUGGAUCUCGCGUAUGCGGCAGGGCGGGCCGGGGGCACCAUGACGGGAGUUUUGAGUGCUGCUAAUGAGAAGGCGGUGGAGCUGUUCAUCGACGAAAAGAUCAGCUACCUGGACAUCUUCAAGGUGGUGGAGAUGACGUGCGACGCGCACCGCAACGAGCUGGUGACAAGGCCGUCGCUCGAGGAGAUCAUACAUUACGACCAGUGGGCAAGGAAGUUCGCCGCCAACCUACAGCCAUCGUCGUCUGGACGGAGCCCUGUGCUCGCCUAAGGCCCUUCUUCCUGGAGCUGGCCGAUGAAGCACAGAAGAUGUAGCCAUGGCCUGGCCUUGCUAAAACUGGCCAUGUGGAAACCAAGCUUAGAUAUUUCAACAAGGCACACAUAGGUUGCCUUCCAGAAAUGUAAAUCAUGUGUUGGCACGAAUAAAUCAUGUAAGUUUUGAUGGAUGGAUGGAUGGAUGGAUGAAAUAGGCAAGAAUCAAACACAUGCA